UGAACCUUUGUGCGCUCAGGAACUUACACUGAAUAUCUAUACUGUAUUUUCCCGCAUUAGUUUUAUGUCAUGUGUAUUUUACAAUAAUACUGACCAACUCAGAAUUUGAGGACAGAUCGGCUUUCACACAUUUCACACAAGAUGUAAUGGGACUUCUCAAAGCAAGAUCAAUAGAGUGCACUCUCUCUGAACGGCUGGACUGACUGAUUUUGUCACUUUGUUAAAGUAACAGUUGUAUGGUUACAGACUAUGGCAGCUGCAACGAGCCCAGAUGCAGUGCCUCAGCCGCGGGUCUAUUUUCAAACACCUGCUGGUGCGGACGACGCUGAAGUUACAGGUCAAAAGCAAGGACGAGUAACCGUUAAAUAUGACAGAAAAGAACUAAGGAAGAGGCUUAAUUUGGAAGAGUGGAUAGUUAGCCAGUUAACGGAUUUAUACGACUGCGAGGAGGAGGAGGUUCCCGAGCUGGAGAUUGAUGUGGACGAGCUGUUGGACAUGCCCAGUGACGAGGACAGAGCCAUCAGAGUCAAGGGUUUGUUGGUGGAUUGUUAUAAACCUACAAAUGACUUUGUCUCUGCUCUGCUGGAGAAAGUCAGAGGCAUGCAGAAGCUCAGCACCCCACAGAAGAAAGGAGACGUCUAACAUCUAGUUCUCCUCCUCCUCUCCUCCUCUUCCUUUCUCCAAUCCAGAUGUCAACAGCCCUGGGGGAGCAGUGUAAUUAUGCACAACCUCCUAGAACAGCAGUGUCUAUAUCCUCAGAGAUUGGUGUGAGCAGUCCAGCCAAUCACACGUCAACUACUGGUUUACAGUCCAGCCAGUCACAUGUCAACUACAGGUUUACUGUCCAACCAAUCACAUGUCAGCUACAGGUUAACUGUCCAGCCAAUCAAAUGUCACCUACAGGUUUACUGUCCAGCCAAUCAAAUGUGAGC